UUAACAUAGAUCUAUUUUUUUCCAAUUUAAUUCUAACUUCUGAAACCCAUGUGAAUAAGGUAAUCAAGGUCUUCUGGUUUACUUGAAAACUACAGUAGUAUGUUGUACAUGUUUCUGUUUUGAUAUCCUGAAAACGUCUUUGUUCAGCGGCUCUGAGUAAGAUAAAGCAGAUGGCGAGGAAUGCUCACUCAAUGGCAGGCCGAGCACAAAACUUCAUCAGAGCUCUGACGGAAUCUGUGUGGCAUGUCGCUCGUACUCUAAGAAAUGUACUGCACUUCUUGGCGAAUAUUGGUGAUGUGUGUAAUGACAAUCUGGGUUUGCCAUAUCAGAAGUGCACUAGGCUUUUUGACGAGGCCCGUGAGAACUGCAUGGAGCUGCUCUCUGUGUUUUCGUUCCUCUGCCACCUCCUGGAUGGAUUCCAGCCUCUCUGUGGGCUCGCACGCGUGGGACAGCUGUUCUGCAUCUUACCAUCAUAUAUUGCUGACCACAUCAAGAAUGCUUUUGCUUUUCCAACUAUUGCAGCCUUUGAUCAAAUUAAAAAGGAGUUUGAAUUCAACAUUUCUACCUCCAUCAACUUUGACCAGCUUCUGAACAACAGUCAGUCCAUACAGGAUGCUGCUCAGAAGAUCAUGAAGGAGGUGUCAGAGGAGCUGGGCCUCCUCCAGGAGCUCAAACUUCUACUGGCAUACUUGGGUUUCUUCCUGCUUCUCUUCAUGUAUCUCCAGGCCGUUUUGUACAAAAAUCAGUACCUUCAUAAUGAUAACUUUGAAAACAUCUACAUCACUGACCAGUUUAUUGAGCUGGACAGGAAGCGCUCCAGACAGGGCAAAGCAGCUGUACUUCCCCUCAGCCACAGAGAAACUCUCGCCUACAUCAGGCCCUCCUCUCUGUAUCUGACUGUGAGAGAGAGACGGGCUAUAGCAGGUCAGGUGCUGUCUUUGCUCCGGUAUAUGGUCAUGACUGUCAUACUGAUAGCUGUUGACCUCAUGGUGUUCUGGGUGUUUGAGCUGGUACACCACCAGGCCCAGGGUGAAAUCGUCACCCAAGCUCCUGUAGUGGUUGCAGUGAAUGUGAAUGGAUCUGGUUAUGCCUCAGAUAUCUUUCGGGACAUCGCAGCCUCAUUUGACAUCCUGCAGAAAGGGAACAUCACUGUGCUUAGCAAGAAAUGUCUCAUGAAGCCUUUGGAGCCAGACUACAUGAGAUACCUGCUCAUUGGUCUUCUUUAUGGCUUCACUCUGUUUACUGUGAUUGCUGGUGGCUACGUCAAACGUUUACAGAGAUUUGUGUGUGCCAGGUACCAUACUGAAAGAGAGAAAAAGAGAAUCCAGUACCUCCACAGGCAUAUUCUCACGCAGCGCGGGUCUUUAGGAAAAGCCCUACUGAGGGCUGUACAACGAAACAGGAUAGACCAGCCACAUGAUGGCAUUAUACCAAUAUUGGCCAAACACCUACCAGGGGGUGCCAUCAUAGCCAGGCUCCUGGAUAUCGGUAAAAAAUCUUGCGUGGCCUGUGGGAAAGUGUUGAAGACGAGAGGUCAUGAUGACGAAGUGCAUAUCUGCCCUACCCCUCGCUGCACAGGCCAUUACUGCUCGCUGUGUUUCAGACUGAUGGGGAAUCUCUGUGCUAUCUGUACGGCACCCCUCACAUUCCACGCGGACCAAGAGCUAGAUUCCAGUGAUGAGGAGCAAGCCAGUUUAGAGGAGACCGCUGUAACAUCACUUCAGCCUGGCCAGAGCAUAGGAGAGAAAAGAGGAAAAGAGAGGAAGGGAAUAACCAUCAGUAUUUCCAAUCAGGAUCAUUCUCUAGGGAUCAACGGCCAAACCGGCCAUCAAAAUGUGGAGAUUAAUAACAGAGUUUAAGGUCAAAGCUGCUUUAUGCUUUCGUAGAUUCUGUGGUGUUGAAUAUAAAUCUGUU